GUCGGCUGUUAAUUAAACCCACGAAGAAGAAAUCAGCUCAGGAAACUGGAGUAAACAAGGCAAGAAAAAGAAAACAGAAAACGUUGCGUUUGGUUCCGGUUCUGUUGUCUCUCCGGUCUGUUUUAUAUUGGCUAACUGGACCCGAGUUCGGUCUUGGUUGGACUCUGGGUUCGUGUCCUCUGGACCCAUUUUGUCUCCGAGUUUCAGCGGAGCGAAAUAAUGGAAGAUAACAAGAUGGUGGCAGGAAAAGUGAAGAAGCCUGGAAAACGUGGCCGCAAACCUGCAAAAAUUGACCUGAAGGCCAAACUGGAGCGAAGCCGGCAGAGUGCAAGAGAGUGUCGGGCCCGGAAGAAGCUGCGGUACCAGUACCUGGAGGAGCUGGUGUCCAGUAAGGAGCGGGCCAUCUGUGCGCUGCGGGAGGAGCUGGAGAUGUACAAGCAGUGGUGUUCGGCCAUGGAUCAAGGGAAGAUCCCGUCGGAGAUCAAAGCUCUGCUGACGGGGGACGAGCAGAAGAUUCCUCCCAGCAGCGGUACCAAGAAGAACAAGAACGUUCAGAGUUAGCUGCGGGCGGCGCCGCUCGUCUUCCUCACACGGGAACUCCUCGUCAUCAUUUCAUGCUUCGGCUGCAGGAACGACGGAGUUGUGACCUGUAAACAACCGUACGGUAAACUGACAGAAGAACGACAACCCAAACUUCCUGUUUUUGUCUUCCAGGACAGAAAAUGUCCUGCUGUCUGAUGGGUACAGGUCACAUGACUCCGCAACGCCUCUUUGAUGUUUUCUCAUGUUUGUGUUUAACGCCUGUUCUUCUGAUGGACUGCUGGUAUUAUUUAUUGAUUCCAAGCUGUUUGUUUGUUUGAGCAGACCUGUCCUCCGUCUCUGGCAGCGUUGGUGUUUCUGGCUGCUCGAAGCACUUUGUCAUUUUAAAUUAACUCUUUUUGUUCUCAAAGCCAAUAAAAGUUUUCUGAUUAAAGUCCAGUUUCUGAGUCUGAUGUUCUGUUCUUAGUCCACAUUCUGGUGGUUCUGGUCCAAACAAACCGGACUGAGUCUGAGCCGU